UGCAAACUCUCGUUUUGAACACCCAAUUAAAUCGUCUGUGCCCCGCCUUUCUGACUGUCAGAAGCAUCAGAAAUCCCAUACCGAGCGUCAGAAAUGAACGCAUGCGGAACAGGAAGUUAGAUUUAUGAGAGGAUCGAGCAGAAGAUGUCUCCGACUUGAAAAAAGUUGUCCGUUAAUUACGAAAAGAGGGAAAUAUAUAUAGACUCGAAUUUCUAUCAUUUCUCUUAGCUUCAUUGAUUUCCACUAUUACAUCAAGAAUGUCUACAUCCAAGCCCUCAAUUCUCUUCAUCCCAGGCUCGUUUGCACUCCCAGAGUUCUACGAUGUGGUCCUGGAUCCGAUCAAAGCUCAAGGCUAUGAGAUCCGAGCUCUGCACCUUCUCACCGUAGGACUCACGACUGGACCCAGAGAGGGAGCUCCGCCAACUAUGUACGACGACGCUGCGUUCAUUGCCAAAGAGGUUGAGAAACUUGUAGACCAGGAGAAGGAUAUCAUUCUCAUUGGACAUUCAUAUGGAGGCAUUCCUUUGUCCCAGAGCACCAAGGGAUUGGGAAUAGAAGAGAGAAAGGCCCAGGGCAAGAAGGGUGGAAUCGUGAAGCUGGCCUAUAUGACUUGCUUGGUCCCCGAUAUUGGCCAGUCGGCCAUGGCUAUGUUGACAGACGUGAAGGAAGAGCACCGGGUACAAUUCAGGCUUGACGAACGUGGCUGGUUUCACCAGAAUGAUAUCCCCAGGGCAGCAUCUAUAUCCUUCAGCGACAUUCCCCAGGAAGAAGGCGAAGCCUGGAUCCGAAGAAUGCCUGCCCAUUCCGCCGUCAGCUUCACCAACGAGUUGACGUAUGCUGGAUAUAAGGACAUUCCAGUGUCGUAUUUGAUCUGUGAGGAAGACCUGGUUAUUCCGCUGAGGAUGCAGAGGGACGAGAUUGAAUUGAUUGAGAAGGUAAGUGGCAAGAAGGUCGAUGUUACCAGUAUCAAGACCGGGCACAUUCCUCCUGCAAGUCAGCCACAAAAAGUGAUUGAUUGGAUCUUGAGUGUGAUUGCAAAGGCGUAGUUCCAUUGUGUAUACCUCUCAUUUAGAAGUAUUAGAUUAGAGGUUUUGGAGC